GCAGGUGCAAUAUUUCUAAAAUAUUAAAAAAAAGUGUUGUUGAAUACCUAAUCACGUGUUGUGAACCACGCACUCUUGGUGCAGUGCGCACUGCGCAGAACGCUUAACGGCUUCGUCUUAUACUUAACCUCACUUGCAACGAAUUGUUUACUACACGGUUUAUUGUUCCUUAAUUUGUUCGUGUUAAUUUAAGUGUGUGGUAUCAUUUGCUAUAUUGUGCUCCAUUAAUUUAUUCAUUUUAUUAUUAGUUUAGUUGCUAAAUUUUUGAGUGCUUUUCCGCCGGUGAAUUAUAACUACUUACCUACAUAAGCCAACUCCAAUACUCUAUUUAGUCGUGCUGUAUAUUCAAAGAAUAAAUUGCAAUGUCAAAGAGAAGGAAAUUACCGUUUAAGUUACUGUCAGCUCGCAGUCAACGUAGAAGGAUGUAUGAUACUGAUGAUGAGGAUGAUAGUACCAAUUUAAGCAAUGCAGAUAAAGAUAUUGAAACAGUCAGCUUAUCUGAUGAUCAGAAGGCCAUUCACAGCGAAUCUGUAACACGAUCCAUGCAUAAUCAAAGUGCAUUCGAUUCUAACCUCGAUUCAAACUUUGAAACAUCCCAAACUAGUUCCAAUCUUCUUGCUACGUCUGUUUCAUCAAGUUCACCAUCUUCAAAUAUGUUAAAGCUUUCAUCUACAGAUUCAGAGAGCAGUACGGCUAGUCUGUUUGAUGUAGAAUCGAAUACUAAUCCUAAGACCGAAUUAGAAGAUAUUACAAUUUUUUUACAAGAGUGGGCGUUGAAUACCAAUUGUACAACAUCUGCACUAUCUUCUUUACUUGUGGGAUUAAAAAAACAUUCUUGUUUUUCUCGUCUCCCAACUGAUGGAAGAACUCUCUUAAAAGUGAAACGGUUGUUAUCAUCUAAGCCUGUUGAUCCGGGACAAUAUGUGCAUAUUGGCCUAAAGCACCAAUUAAAAUUGAGCCACAUGUCACUGAGUAAGCGGCUGAAGAUGGAUUCUACUGCAUCCUAUUCAUCUGAUCCUAUCACUCAAGUAAGCACUGAAGCUCAGGAUGCAUCAGGAGAUAGUGAUGGAACUACACACAUUCAAAAAAAGGAAACACGACUUAUCUUUGAUGAAAAUGAGGGUAAUUUCAGAGAAGCUGUUAGGUGGAUAGGGUGGGUUGACAAAAGCCUUUUUAUUGCCGAAUUGCUGAAGAAACCACGUCGUGUGAUUAUUUUUGCGCCCAGGCGUUUUGGCAAGUCUCUGAAUAUAGACAUGGUCAAGUGCUUCUUCGAAAUUGUAGCUGGUCGAGACAUAAGCUAUGCACCUAAGAAUUUAGAAGAACUGAAAGAAUACGAAAAUUUUAAAGCAUUUUGCAGAUACGGACUGUCACCACCAUGUAAGAUAAUAAAGGAAGAAGAACUUGUUAAAGAAUACUUUGGGAGACACCCAGUUGUGUAUCUGGACUUAAAAGACCUUGAUUGCACUUCCAAAGAAACUGUAAAGGAUGGUCUCAGAGGCAUUGUACAUGAUCUCUAUGUGAAUUUUUCAUACCUGAUGAAGGACGAACGUUUAGCUGACUCACCAAGAAAAGUAAAAGCAGCAUAUGAAGCUUGUGAAGCAUGGUGUGGUAUGAAUACAUACAUGAGAGAGGAUCCAACCAUAGGUUUGCAAAAAUUGAUUGAAUAUUUACAUGCUCACCAUAAACAGAAAGUGUACCUGUUGGUUGAUGAGUUUGAUGCUCCUGCUGUGAACGCCCUGUUGGCUGGUAAAAGUGGAGGUGAAGUAAAAGAUAUCAGCAAUAUAGUAAUGUCCCUGCUUGGUGCAGUUGUGAAAGGAAAAGUGGCCGAUAAUCAUCUCUUGGGAUCACUAAUUACGGGGGUGUCAUAUCUGGGAAGCAUUGGUAUUUCUCAGCAUCUUAACAACAUACCAUUUUACAAAUGGUUACUAGAUGAUGAUCGGUUUGCUAAAUAUUAUGGUGUUGGGCAUGAAGAGCUUACUACGCUUCUUGAAAGUGUGUUCCCUGAGCAAAAAGAGAAACAAGCUUCUAUCCAACGAGAGAUAUUGGGUCUCUACAAUGGAUACUAUAUUAAAACUGAAGCUGUGUGCUGUUUAUGGUCGGUUUUGCACUACUUUCGACUUCGUGUGGAACUGAACGCUUCUGAGAUCAGAAAGACCAAUUUUUGGGCGAGUUCUAGCAUAAUUAGUGCACUUGGUAAAGUUCUUAAAAAUGAUGAUGUAAUGGAAACAAUGGUUCAUGUAGCAACAGGGGGAAAUUUCUCUUUUAUGUCCUGUGAUAAGUUGGAUGCCAAGGAUCUUGCUGACUUUUUAAAUGGUGAAAACAAUCAAGAACAACUUGUCUACUCAUUUUUCAUGGAACAAGGGUAUCUCUCCAUUGAUCCAAGCCAUCGUUCUAGCAGAUCUGUUAAAGUGAAAGCUCCAAAUUCUGAAGUCCUUACUGCGUAUCUAGAGAUGUUUAGUAAUUUCCAUGUGAAAGUUUGUGGAUUUAGUAACUUGUCAAUGCAUAAAUGUGCAGAAUAUUUUGAGUCACUACCUGAUAAAUCUGCAGAUGAACAGGAAGAGAGUUUAAGUGUUUUCUAUGAGGAGUUGAAAAAACUUUUGUCAAAGUUCCGCGGACAAAAGGUGAAGGAACGAUCAAUACAAUCUCUUAUGUUUGUUACCAUGCUCAAAGCAGACUUCAAAUAUUGCGAGAUGGAGAAACCUGUUACAAUUCAGAUGGAUGGUAAGAAAGUAACGGGAUUUAUCGACCUGUUCAUGGAAAAUGAUGAUUGUGUAGUUAUUUGGGAGUUCAAGCAUAUUGAGGGUGAUGAUCUUCAAGCAAUCAAGGAUUCUUCUUAUGAGGCUUUGAAAGAAAUCCUUUUUGGCAGCCAAGCCAAAAAAGUGCCCUAUAUUAAUAAAUUGGAGGAAGUAAAAACAAAAAAUUACAUUCUCAUUGGACUCUGCUGUGGUGAUAAAGGCAAAGCAGCAAUGUCGUGCUUAAUAAAUAACAAAGACAUCAAUAACUGUAUCUCUUUUCCAUAACUUAAUGACAUCAGUUUUGCCAUUGAUGUGUAUAUAUAGAUUGAAUAUAGUAAGUUUAUUUCA